UCUCUCUUUCUCCAUUAAACUUUUCUUCUCAAGAAACCCUAAUAUUCCUAAUCUCUAUUCCCUCCCCUUAAACCCUAGGAUGGGGAGUGCGACUAACAUGUUCUCCUGUUUAGAGGAUGAUGGGGAGGUUUCAACAAUCAUCGAGAAGAGGGAUCAGAAGAAGUUGAAGGAAGAAGAGGAGAUGGAGCGAAAGAAGUUGAUGGAGAUGCAAAAGAAGUUGAAGAAACAACAGGAGCGGGAGAGGAAGCAAUCUGAGCUGACUCACAUGCUCAUGAAAGCCUUGCCUUUCAAGUUUCCUCAUCAUCAUCAACGGAGGCUCCCGAGUCUCAGACAGCAGAAUCAGAAUGGCGAUGCAAAGAACCAUGGUGAAGGGUCUAAGAAGAACUAUGGUGGUGAAGGGUCUAAUAAUGUCUCGGAGUGGGACCAGGGCAGGGAUGCAAAGCAACCUAGCAGUAGUGAUCAGAAGAUUAAUGUCUCCGAAAAUGACCUUGGUGGUGAUGGGGAAGAGAAGGUUGAUGGUGAUAACAAGGAUAAUGGGGCUGAAGGGGGUAAUGUUGUUGUUGCUGUUGAUGAACAAAAAGAUUCCAAGACUUCCAAGAAGAGGUUCAACAAGAAGAAAUCUGAAGCUGAUGAUAAAUCUGUAAAGAUUGACAAGAAGGACGAGGAUUAUUUAACCAUGAUGACUCUGGCAGAGUAUGAGAAGGAGCUUGAGAAGAGGAAAGCUUCUGACGAAAAGACUGAUCUGGAGAGCAAAGAAACUCUUGACAACGCUUUGGAAUCUGACCCUGAAGAGAGAGAGGUAACUCUUGACAAGGAUUUUGAUUCGAUGCAACUUUUGCAGAACGAGACUCAUGAGGAUGAUGCCCUAUUCAUCAAGGUGGUAAGUAAACAUGUCAAAAGGGUCCGUGGUGCAUCACAACAAGAGAGCCAAAGGCCUAAUGGCGGCCAACAGUCCAUUAAUGGAGAGAGACCUGUUGGAGGACCGUAUAGACGUGAGAAAUGGAGGGCGCCGAAUGCCGGCCCGCAGUUUAAUGGAGAAAGACCAAGGAGUGGCAAUGGCGAACCCAGGUACGAUGGGGAGAGGCCUAACAGUAAUGGUCAUGGAGUCGAGGGCAAGAAGCCUGACGGCCGUAGGUACUAUGGGGAGAGGCCUCACAGCAGCAGCAGGGGUCAUGGAGUAGAGGGCAAGGAGCCUAAUGGUAGAAGGGAAAGCAAAGGGCCUAAUGGAGAUCAAGGCGAAAGGCGUUCCGGCAGUGGUGGAAGCAGUGGACCAGUUCAUGAUCUAACCCUCAAGGAUUCAAGGAAAUUUCCUGACAUUGAAGAUACCAAUCAAUUUCCCGCCCUUGGAGGAGCUAGAAAAGCAUAAAGUUUUUGGAGCCCCUGAGAAAAAUCUUGCAGCCUAUUUCUUGAACUGUUUUUGGGUGUGAUUUAUCAAUCAUACUUAAAUGGUUGUUGAUCACAUCUUAAAUUUGUUCUAGUUCUUUGUGUCGACAUAUAGUAGCUAUAAUAUCAAUAGCCUGUGAAAAAAAUUAAAGCCAUUCAUAUACUAUUAAUUGCUUAAAUUAAAUUAAAU